GAUUCCGAUCCAUCAUUUCUGUAUUCUCCGCCGCUACUCUUCUUCUGCUUUAUUCUUCGAUCGAAACUUUUCAUCCUUUCUUUCGUCGUCGUCGGCAAGAAUUCGAACCCCAAGAAAUCAAGAAUCCAUCCACUUGUGGCAGCGGAGGAAGUGUGGAGGUGGUGGUGGAGAGUUGGGCUCAUGGCGAAGGGCUCCUUGGCGACGGUUAAUGCAGGAGCGGCAGGAGGAGGAGAGGAAGGGAAGAAGAAAGCGGUCGAGGUGAUGGCGGUGGCGGCGGUGGAGGUUGCCCACCCGUACGACUUUCAUGUGUCCGGCCCCCGAAACUUCUCCUCCCCCAACUGGAAAGAUCUCAUCCGCUCAAGCUGGAGAGAUCCAAACUACAAAAGGAUGGUAAUGGCUUGUUUCAUACAGGCCGUUUACUUGCUAGAGCUAGACAGACAAGAAAAGAGAAAUGCAGAGAAUGGACUUGCUCCAAAAUGGUGGAAAACCUUCAAAUAUAAACUAACACAGACUCUUGAAGAUGAGAGAGAUGGAUCCAUAUAUGGCGCAGUCUUAGAAUGGGAUCGAUCUGCUGCGUUAUCAGAUCUUAUAUUGAUGCGACCAGCUGGAGCUCCAAGGGCUGUACUAGCACUCCGGGGCACGUUACUGAAGAGUCCAACUAUUAGAAGAGAUUUAGAAGAUGAUCUUCGCUUCCUGGCUUGGGAAAGCUUGAAAGGUUCAGUUAGGUAUCAUGGAGCUCUGCAAGCACUUAAUGCCAUGGUUGAAAACUUUGGCAGCAACAAUGUGUGCAUCGGUGGGCAUUCCCUGGGAGCUGGAUUUGCUCUACAAGUGGGGAAAACAUUGGCCAAACAAGGUGUUUUUGUGGAGUGCCAUUUGUUCAAUCCACCUUCUGUAUCGUUGGCAAUGAGUAUAAGAAAUAUGGGUGAGAAGGCCGGCUUUCUCUGGAGAAGAAUUAAGAGCAGUUUACCCUCAAAGGGUGAAACUUCUCUUGAUGCAAAGGAGAAAAAUUCUGUGAGUUGUGCGAAGGUAUUUGGUACCGAGACAAAGAAAUGGAUACCACAUUUGUAUGUGAACAAUAGUGACUACAUUUGUUGUUAUUACAAUGACACUAGUGGUACUGCUGUUGCUACUGAUGUUAGCACAGAGAAAGCUAAAACGAGUAAUGGUCAUGGAGAAGCAAUGGCCAAGCUUUUUGUCAUGUGCAAAGGGCCACAGAAGUUUCUUGAAGCUCAUGGGUUGGAGCAGUGGUGGUGCGAUGAAGUAGAACUCCAACAGGCACUUCAUAACAGUAAGCUGAUAAAUAUGCAACUAAGGUCUUUAUAUUCGGCUCCAGCCUCUGGAAAGUUAUGAUCCAACCUCAAAUAAUGGCAUUAAUGUAGCUACGCAGUACAUUUCCCUCAAGUCUAGCAACCAUGAAAUAACUUUUUGUUGUGGAGACCUCUUGUCCUCUUGAUCCGGUUGUUCUUCAACCUCAUCAGAUGCUGAAGUUGGAGAAGGUGCUCGUUCCUCAACAAAUUUUCUGAUGCAUAUAAAUGUUUUAGAACAUAUAUAUUGAAGCACAAAUGCACCGUUUGGUUUGGAUGACUUGAGUUGUAAAUGUUUAGAGAACAAAAAAAAAAAAAAAAAA